AUGGACGCCCCCAAUGAAAACCCGCUGUUAUCCUUAGAUGACCCAGUUCAUGCAAGACUUUCAGAAUAUGGAGAGCAUAUUGGCAACUUGUUACCAAAGUAUGUCCAGCAAACACAAGUCAACCACAACAACGAAUUGGAGAUAUUAAUUGCUCCUGAAGGAAUUCUGCCUGUGUUGACGUUCUUACGAGAUCAUACAAAUGCUCAGUUCAAGUCCUUAGCAGAUAUAACUGCUGUUGAUGUCCCAAGCAGACAAAAUAGAUUUGAGGUAAUUUUCCUUUGGGUCAUUCAAAACCUCCCCUGUGCAGGAAAUUGUAAGAUAAACCCCCUACCCUCUUUAGAUAUCCUAAUACACUUACUAUUAUCAGAAACCAAUUUUUCUCCGCCCCCCCUGCGGUUGACAAGAAUUUCCUCCAUGGGGAGUAGUCUGUAGUUCAAGUUUUUGUCAAUGACGUAGUUAGAAAAUACAAUGGGUUGACAAUUUCAAUUAAAAUGGAACCAGUAACCAAAUCAAUUGGUCAAACUAUAAAUUAUGUAGUUUAGUAAAUUGUUAAGGUACAACCUUGUCCAGCAUUUUUGACCACUGAGCAGAUAUUACAAACAAAUGUUGCAAAUUUGUAUAUAUCUUUAUUUUUAAAAAAAUAUGAGUUACUAUAUAAUAGCAGUUCAUUGUCUUUUCUAGGUUGUAUAUAAUUUCCUGUCCUUACGUUUUAAUUCAAGAAUACGUAUAAAAACUUAUUCAGAUGAACUAACUGCUCUAGACUCUGCAUAUCCAGUACAUAAAGUUGCUGACUGGUUUGAAAGAGAG